UGAUAGACUGAUAUUUAACGCGGAGAGAACGGUCUCCUUAUAAGAACUGGAAAAGACUUACGAACAACCCAAAGAAAACUGUGAUAUUUAUAUUUAAAAAAAACCCGGAAACAUGGAACGAAAAACUGUGAUGUAUGUAUACCUAUGUGUUGUGCUAAUAUUGAAAUAUUCAAAUGGACAGCAAUUUCCAAAUAAUCAACAAUUUGGACAACCGAAUAACGGCCAAUUUGCACCUGUUGCUGCUGGUCAGUUUGUAGGCAAUGGACAACCAUUCGCUGGUAACAACCAAGUGCCUACAACUAACCAAGGGACUUUUACAAACAAUCAGGCACAGCAGGGAGGAACGCAACAGGGAACGCCAAACAAUAACCAACCAGGAACGUUUCCAAGCAACCAGCAAGGGACUUUUACAAACAACCAACCAGGAACAUUUCCAGGAAACCAGCAAGGAACUUUUACAAACAACCAACCAGGAACGUUUCCAGGAAACCAGCAAGGGACUUUUACAAACAACCAACCAGGAACGUUUCCAGGCAACCAGCAAGGGACUUUUACAAACAACCAACCAGGAACGUUUCCAGGCAACCAGCAAGGAACUUUUACAAACAACCAACCAGGAACGUUUCCAAACACUCAGCAAGGAGCGUUUCCAACUACAUUCCAAGGAAAUCAGUUCGGACAACCCGGAGGGAUUCCUACUUUUGCCGGUCCUAAUGCACAACCACCUUUUAACUUUCAAAACAAUGUCGUAGGUUUCCAAAACCCUAUUGGAGGCUUUAAUACAGUAGGGAAUCAAUUCGGCAACCCUUUUAUUCCCGGAAAUAGUUUUGGAAUGGGAGGUCCGUUAGGAGUCGGACCAGGAACACCGGGACCUAUCCAGGGACCGGACCAAGGUGGACCUGGGGGACAGUUUUCUUUGGGAGGCCAGCUGUUCAUGAGUCUAUCACAGAAUCCAAUGAACUACCGAUACGCUACAUGUCGGUUUAAUUCAACAGAAACCAACAUCGCUGGCAGAGCUGACUUCCGACAAUUUGUGUUCGGAGAUUUCCCAGUAGACAUCCGUAUCCAGGUUUGGGGCCUACCGACUUCUCCAGUAGACACACAGAGGGGUAUCCAUAUCCACGAGUUUGGAGACACUGGCGCCAAAUGUUCCCGUGUUGGACCUCAUCUCAACCCCGCCCAGACAAGACAUGGAGGAAGGAACACAUUCGCCUUCUUGAGACACAUCGGAGAUCUUGGGAACAUGCUUCAAUCCCCACAGGGCGUGACGUCAACCCAGUUCCGUGACGGAAUCAUAUCCCUUCAGGGACCAACAAGUGUCAUCGGACGUUCUUUAGUGAUCAAAUACGAGCGAGAUGAUGAGGGAUUCGGUACCAAUGUGGACAGUCUACAAAACGGAAACGCUAGGACUCCCAUAGCGUGCUGUACCAUUGCGCGGUCAGGGCCGUCCAACUGGAACGAUCCGUACACAGAGGCGGAACUCAUGGCACUUAACAGCGGAAGUUCUGGUUUCCAAGGCGCAUUCGGAAUGCCGAACGCUGCCACAGGUACCAAUACUGUAGGAAACCAGGGGAAUCAAGGUUCGGCGUUCAACUUCAAUAUGCAGGGAGACCUCGGAACUCCCGCCCCUUCCCCUAACCCUCAGGGUACCGGAAGCAACUCGUUCGGAUUCCUCGGAAAUAACGGCAAGAAAUAAACAGCCAGAGCUUUAGUUUUCGGAAAUGUACUUUGACUGAUCAGAAUUUCCUGAUUAAGGAAGUGUCUUUUUCAUGUGGUUAUCUGUGAAUGUUUCGCAAAGAUCUAUACUGGUUAUGUAUGAUUGAGACAACACAUUGUCUGUUACAAUUAAUCAGAAUUUAUAUAUAUAUAUAUAUAAUGUAUUAAAAUGUUGUAAGGUAACAUUUUAAAAAUACAUGCCAUGCUAAAAAUCACAUAUUCAAUGUACAAUAUAACAUAUGUGUUUUCUGAUUAAAAUAUGAUAACGCUUUCUACCUCAAUUUAAAUAUGCGUAACUUAGAAUAUCAUGUUUGCAGAACUUUUAUUAAAUUUUUUGAAAUUCCAUGAUUUCUACAAAAAAUUUCAAUUUCGCUUUAAUUUCUCAUUUUAACCAUGUACUUGCAUUAUACUAGUAAAUAUAAUAGAUAUGUUGUCAGAACAUUUUUUUCUUUAGCCUUAACAUAUUUUAUUUCGGUAAAGGUUGUUAAACUGUUAGGAUGGGUACCUCUGCAUGGUUUUGUAAUAUAAAUCAUAUAUUCAUAUACAUUAAAUAUAGGUUUUAUGUAGCAAUAUCAUGGCUUUACCACUGCUGGUAUAAAAAUUGGCAUAUAAACUAAUAUUUAAUCGCAGGGUAGAUAUCUAAAUUGAUUUGUAAGAAGACCGAUAUCUCUAAAAAAUUGUAAAUUGUAUGGUCAAUGAGUUCAGCAGGUUGUGCAGAAUUUAGAUCAUCAACGAUGCAAGUAGAGAAGAAUUUUUAUGGUUAAUACCGGACAGAAAGAUACUGUCCUUGUUUCAACCGAUAGAUUAAGAGGCUUUAAAAAUACUGUUGUAUGUACAUGUAUAUCUCACUACAAUACAAACCUUGAUAUAAUGUAAAAUGUUAGUUCCAUCGGAGGGAACAAAUCAUAUCAUAGAAAAUGAUUCUGAGAAACGAUUGAUAAAUAAAAUCACUCUUAAGAAGUUUUCUCAUCAAAUUAUUAUUUAAGGUGCAUGGAUGCAUAUCAUGUUUUGAAAAUUGAUAUAAGCAUCUAUCAUACGAAUACCAUAUGACUAAGUGAAUACUCAUAUUAUUUUUGAUAUUGUAUUAAGUUAUGUUAUAUUGAAUAACAAUAAAUUAAUAUGACAUCAAUAAUUUCCCUUUUGCAUUUUGUGCAAUCAUUAUAGAACCAAAAUGGUGGAAUCUUAGACUUGAAUGGAUUCGAAAAACAUAUUUUUCGCAAUAUUCUGAAAAGUUCCAGACAAUGAUGUAAAAACAUAUUACAUAUAUUCGUUUCCGUUUCAUAAACAAUUUACUAUGCAUUAUUUUCAAGUGGUCAGAGGCUGCUUAAGUGAAUAGUCUUAGAUUCAUUUCACAAAUUUAUGUUAGUGAAAUUUUGUGCAAAAUAAUAUGUUCAUGUAUAUCAUAAUAACUAUUGUCCCUUUCGUGUAUAACACAAUUCAUCAUUUUCAUUUUUGUAAUAACUAAUGUAUACAGCUUUGUGUUUAUGUCAAAAUAUGUAUAUACUCAUUACGUAUUAUA